AUGACUGCAUGCUGUUACAUAGUACGUAGACGGUCUUUUGGUGUGGCUUGCUGCAAAUCAAGAGCAUGGUGGAGCAGCGGAUGAGAUGGCCUGUAUAAAUUUGCUACCAGGUCCUCACACUCGCCUCCGCCAGUCAAGUGCAAAUGCUCUUCCUGUUUGGCGACUCAAUCUUCGACACCGGUAACAACAACUUCCUGCCUGGCUCGCUGGCGGUGGCCAACGUCACGCCUUACGGGACGACGUCCUUCGGAGUGCCAACAGGAAGGUUUAGCGAUGGCAGGCUGAUAGCGGACUUCAUCGCCGAGUUCCUGGGACUACCAUACAUUCCACCCUUCAUGCAGCCGGGGGCGAGCUUCAUCCACGGUGCAAACUUUGCGUCGGCGGGCAGCGGCCUGCUCAACGCCACCGACGCACCGCUCGGGGUCCUCUCGCUCGACGCACAGAUGGACCAGUUCCAGUACCUCUCGACCGUCGUGCGGCAGCAAAACGGCGACUACCACGCCUCCAUCAUGUUCCGGAACUCGCUCUUCAUGAUCACCGCCGGGAGCAACGACAUCUUCGCGAACUUGUUCCAGGCAGCGGCCAACCGGCGACACUUCUUGUCCACGCUGAUGAGCAUCUACCGCAAGAACUUGAUCCAGCUCUACCGGAACGGCGCUCGCCGGAUCGUGGUCUUCAACUUGGGCCCGCUGGGAUGCACUCCCAUGGUGCGCCGGAUCCUCCACGGCUCCUGCUUCAACCUCUUCAACGAGAUCGCGGGCGCUUUCAACUUGGCGCUCAAGAUGCUGGUUCGCGAGCUGGUGAUGAGGCUUCCAGGGGUGCGAAUCUCCUACGCUAAAGGCUUCAACGCCAUGACCGAGAUCAUGUCCAACGCCUCCGCCUACGGCCUCUACGACACGGCUCACGCGUGCUGUGGAAAGUGUGGCGGCUGGCUCGCCACUCAUGACCCGCAAGGGGUGUGCGAUAAUCCCAGCCAGUAUCUCUUCUGGGAUUUCACUCAUCCCACCGAGUUUGCAUACUCCAUCCUGGCCAAGAACUUCUGGGAGGGCGACUGGAACUACAUCGAGCCGUGGAACAUCAAGACCUUAGGCCAAAUGUGACACCAUUAUAUCUUGUUUGCUUUUUAAAUGCCGAUUGUUUUACAUGCUCUUAAACUGUAUUUACUUUUACAGAUCAUAAUUAAUUAAUAUAAGUAACAUAUCUUGACUA